GUGUUCUUGGACAGCGACCAGCUUCAGAACCUCGACUUGUUGUUUGACAUCAUCCGGACAUCGACAAAGAACGUGGUCGUGGUGCUCACCGGAGAGCUGCUGUCUAGAAGCUGGUGUGCGGGAGAGAUCGUAACCGCCUGGAAGAAUGACAUUCACACGGUGCCCUUGCUCUGCGAAGGUUUCGAAAGGCUGUCUGACGAGGCACAGAAGCAGAUCCCUUCACUUUGGACGCCUCACCAAGUUGCACAAUUGGCAAGCUACGGGAUCCAGCUUGAUGAUGUGAACUUGGCUUAUUCAUGGCUGCAGCAUGAGCUAACUCCUCUCCAAAUGGCCCGCUUUGGUCCAGUUUGUGGCAGGGAAAAGGUGGUCGUGGAGCUUAUGAACGUCUGUGGAUUGUCGUCUCGUCGAACGACGAGCAAGACGGCCGGACAUGUCUCACGACCCCGGAUUCUCGUUUUGAGCUCCUAUAUGGAGGCAGAGUAUUUGUCCACUUGCGAGGUCUUUCAAAUUCUUCUACAAGCACACCUCCAUGUCGAGUGCGAGGUUGUGCACGAUUUUCAGCAGAUUGCCACAUGCAAGCCUUUUGCCUACUACCUCAUUGCCUUGCUUUUCCGUGGCAUCCUCCGGGACGAAGAUUUCAUCAAGCUUCUCCUGUAUGCUACUCAGACUUGUACCUCGUCAAAACGGGCCUUGGAAUUGGUGCCAGUGGUUGCCGACUCCAACUUCGAAGUUCCAAACGUCGACGCGAGGUGGCACGCUGGGAGCCCGCUUGGGCUUCAGGUUUUCCAGGUUUUUCGAAACUUGUGCACAGUGCUGGCCUUGCCAUUCACACCUCUAGCAUCAGAAGGUUUGCAAGAGAGGCAGGUGGCGGAGAUCGCAUCUCGAAUCCACCGCUAUCAGGACGCUUGGCUCUGUCCAGGCUUUCUACAAUGA